AGGAACCGGACGGGUCCAUCAUGUCCUACUAUGAGCAUUUCGUUCUGGAUUACGACUCAAAUGACACAGGCUCUGGUUCUGGUUUGGGUUCUGGGGAAGUGGGUGUGGAUCUGGAGGAGCCCUGUGGGAUGGAGCACCUGAUGACAGCGGAGCUCCAGCAGGUCUUCCUGCCGGUGGUCUACUCACUCAUCUUCAUCCUGGGCAUCACGGGGAACGGGCUGGUGGUGCUGGUGCUGGGCUGUCAGCGCAGGUCAAAGUGCAGCCUGACAGACCGCUACCGCCUCCACCUCUCUGCUGCUGAUCUGCUCUUCGUUCUGGCGCUGCCCUUCUGGGCUGUAGACGCCGCUCUGGCUGACUGGCGGUUUGGAGCAGCGACCUGCGUUGGCGUGCAUGUGAUCUACACAGUCAACCUGUAUGGCAGCGUUCUUAUCCUGGCGUUCAUCAGCCUGGAUCGGUAUCUGGCAGUGGUCCGAGCCACAGACACAAACAGUGGUGGUCUGAGACAGCUGCUGGCACACAGGCUGGUGUAUGUAGGUGAGGAGCUACACACUUUUGUUUUCCUUCUGCUCUGCAGGUCUUCAUUCUUUAACUCAUUCCUGUGUGCAGGAGCAUGGAUGCCUGCCGGUCUGCUGGCAGUCCCAGAUCUGAUCUUUGCCCGAACUCAGGAAGGAGGAGAAGGCUCCACUCUGUGCCAGAGAUUCUACCCAGACGACAACGCUCCUCUGUGGGUGGCAGUCUUCCACCUCCAGUUGGUGCUGGUGGGUCUUGUGAUCCCCGGCCUGGUGCUCCUCGUGUGUUACUGCGUCAUCGUCACCAGGCUGACCCGCGGCCCCCUCGGUGGCCAGCGGCAGAAGCGGCGUGCCGUCAGGACCACCAUCGCGCUGGUGCUCUGCUUCUUCAUCUGCUGGCUCCCUUACGGAGCGGGCAUCUCCGUGGACGCUCUGCUGCGCCUGGAGGUCCUGCCGCGGAGCUGCAGGCUGGAGGCUGCCUUAGGGGUGUGGCUUUCAGUGGCUGAGCCCAUGGCCUUUGCACACUGCUGCCUGAACCCACUGCUGUACGCCUUCCUCGGCGCCGGAUUCAAGAGCUCGGCACGGAGAGCCCUCACCCUGAGCCGGGCCUCCAGUUUAAAGGUUUUACCCCGAAGACGCCCUGGAGCCUCUACGACAACAGAGUCCGAGUCCUCCAGUCUACAUUCCAGCUAGUCCUUUCUGUAUAAUACAAGUGAAAAAUCCACCUAAAAUAAGGAGCAGUCUGCUGGUUCCAGACUCCUCAAUAUUGAUGUAAAUAGUGUUAAUAUGCUGCUGUUUUCAUGUGCAUGUUUGUCAUAAAUAAAAAGAGAAUUUUAACG